AUGGCUUCCUUAUCCCUAAUCUCACCUCACUCUCCUUCUUCUUCUCCUUCUUCUUCUUCUUCUUCUUCUUCUUCUUCUUCUUCUACUCUCCGCCACAGUUCUAUCAUCGGUACCCGCCUUCCUUCCAUCUUCUUGCGCAACCCCACUAUCCGCAUUCGCUCCACAACCCCUUCAAUUAAAGCCUUCUCUGCACCUGUUCCAUCACCUUUAACCCAAGAUGAACUCAAGAAACUCGCAGCCGAUAAGGCCGUCGAGUAUGUCAAAAGUGGAAUGGUCCUUGGUCUAGGCACUGGGUCAACAGCAGCUUUCGUUGUCGCUAAAUUGGGUGAGCUUCUUUCAUCUGGGCAACUCACGAACAUUGUAGGAGUUCCCACUUCAAAGCGUACUGAAGAACAAGCUUUGUCGCUCAACAUCCCGUUAUCUACACUUGACGACCACCCACAUAUUGAUCUAGCUAUUGAUGGUGCUGAUGAGGUCGACCCGAAUCUCGACCUAGUCAAGGGUCGAGGAGGAGCUCUGUUAAGGGAGAAGAUGGUGGAGGCGGCGUCCGAUAAGUUUGUUGUUGUGGUAGAUGAUUCGAAGCUUGUUUCGGGUCUUGGUGGAUCCGGGUUGGCUAUGCCGGUUGAGGUGGUGCAGUUUUGUUGGAAGUACAAUUUGGUUAGGUUACAGGAAUUGUUUAAGGAAGAGGGUGUUGAUGCAAAGUUGAGAUUGGAUGGUAAUGGGAAGCCAUAUGUGACCGAUAACUCUAACUAUAUUGUGGAUUUGUAUUUCAAGACUCCUAUUAGGGAUUCUGCUGCUGCUGGGAAGGAGAUUGCGUCUUUCGAAGGGGUGGUGGAGCAUGGAUUGUUCUUGGAUAUGACCACUGCUGUUAUCAUUGCUGGGAAGGAAGGAGUCAGUGUCAAGAGCAAGUGAAAUAUUCAUCAAUUUUAGCUCCCAACUGGUGAGGUCUGAACAACUUUAACUUCUGUUUUGAGUGGAAAUUUUAGACUUCAUUUUCGUUUUGAGGAAAUAGGAGUUGAUUGUUGUAACAUUAAUAAGUUUUGGCAUUUUUUUUGGAGAUGUUUAGCAAUAAUACUCCCAUCCGAAUGUAAUUUGUAUAUUAGAAUGGAAAAGAAAUGUUUU